AUGCCAUCCAAAGAGUCUUGGUCAGGGCAAAAAGCUAAUAGAUCUGCAGUUCACAACUCAAAACAAGAGAGCCGUCAACAAGAUUUAUUGAUAGCAGCCUUGGGAAUGAAACUGGGUUCUCAGAAGUCAUCUGUGACAAUUUGGCAACCUCUUAAACUCUUUGCUUAUUCACAGUUGACAUCACUUGUCAGAAGAGCAACUCUGAAAGAAAAUGAACAUAUUCCAAAAUAUGAAAAGGUUCACAAUUUCAAGGUUCACACGUUCAGGGGUCCACACUGGUGUGAAUACUGUGCCAACUUUAUGUGGGGCCUCAUUGCUCAGGGAGUAAAAUGUGCAGAUUGUGGUUUAAAUGUUCACAAGCAGUGUUCCAAGAUGGUCCCAAAUGACUGCAAGCCAGAUCUGAAGCAUGUCAAAAAAGUGUACAGCUGUGACCUUACAACGCUAGUAAAAGCACACAUCACUAAAAGGCCAAUGGUAGUAGACAUGUGUAUUAGAGAAAUUGAAUCUAGAGGUCUUAAUUCUGAAGGACUAUACAGAGUUUCAGGCUUUAGUGACCUAAUUGAAGACGUCAAAAUGGCAUUUGACAGAGAUGGGGAAAAAGCAGAUAUUUCUGUGAAUAUGUAUGAAGAUAUCAAUAUUAUCACUGGUGCACUUAAAUUGUACUUCAGGGAUUUGCCAAUUCCGCUUAUCACAUACGAUGCCUACCCAAAAUUUAUAGAUUCUGCAAAAAGCAUGGAUCCUGAUGAACAGUUGGAAACACUUCAUGAAGCAUUGAAACUACUGCCACCUGCACACUGUGAAACCUUAAGGUAUCUCAUGGCACAUUUAAAGAGGGUAACUCUUCAUGAAAAGGAGAAUCUCAUGAAUGCAGAGAAUCUUGGCAUUGUUUUUGGACCAACCCUUAUGCGAGCACCAGAACUAGAUGCAAUGGCUGCACUGAAUGAUAUCCGUUACCAGAGACUUGUGGUGGAGAUGCUUAUAAAAAAUGAAGACAUUUUAUUUUGA